AUGCCCACGGUGUGGCAGCACUUCUGUGUUGUCGUUGAUCCCCCAGUCAACCACGACGGGGACGGCGUUCGUGUAUUCCCUCCGAUGACUCCUGAGGAGGGCCGCAUCUCGUAUGCUAUUGCUCUUCCAUUCACGCCAAAGCAACGUGUCGGACGCCCGUUCGACCAGUUGACCGGUGACUCUGGCCAGAAAACCUCACGCCGUCUCGACAGUGACGGAAUGGAUCGAUUUACGGACACUUGCGAGAGGUUGCUUGAACGCUGGCAACAGCUCGAGGAGGCGGACCCGGGUUUCCGGGACAGAGCGUUCAAAGAGUUUCAG